AUGUUUUUCCUAAACUUGUUCGUUUAAUUUAGAGAAAAGGAUGAAGGUCAUUAUCGUUUUAGCACUACUAGCUGUGGUCGGGUUUGCCGCGGCUGGUAAAGGGCUUAGUGUGCCAUUGAAGCAGAUGACCAGCGCCCGUAGAACACUGAAGGGUCAUGGUCUUGCCAUUGAGAAAAUGCAACGCCGAUAUGGCAGUGGAAAGGCUGUUGGACAGGAGCCACUCACCAAUUAUCAAGAUGCUCAGUAUUACGGACCAAUAACUCUUGGUACACCACCUCAAAAUUUCGAUAUCAUCUUCGACACUGGAUCUGCCAAUUUGUGGGUACCAUCAAGCGAAUGCGCAGAUUCCAAUUUGGCAUGCAAGAACCACAAUCAGUACAACUCUUCGCUGUCGUCCACUUACAAACCGAACGGUACCGAUUUCAGCAUCCAGUACGGAACAGGCGCCAUGACUGGUUUCCUGUCGACAGAUAUUUUGGGUAUCGCAGGAGCUCAGGUAUUCGAUCAGACAUUUGCCGAAGCCGUUGAAGAGCCCGGAGUUGUCUUUGUAGCUGGCAAAUUCGAUGGCAUCUUGGGCAUGGCCUAUCCAAGAAUUUCAGUCGAAGGUGUCGUUCCCAUGUUCCAGAACAUGAUCGCUCAGGGUUUGGUUGAUCAACCCGUCUUCUCUUUCUGGCUCAACAGGAACCUCAGUAACCCAGAGCUCGGUGGCGAAAUCUUUUUUGGUGGUUCCAACCCUGAACAUUACGUCGGCGAAGUAACUUAUAUCCCCGUCACUCGCAAAGCCUACUGGCAAUUCGCCGUUGAUAGUGUGUUGCUUGACGGCUUUGACGAAUAUCCCUUCUGCGUUGGCGGAUGUGAAAUGAUCUCCGACACCGGAACUUCCCUGAUUGCUGGACCCUCUGAAGAGAUUGCCCUAUUCCACAAACUGAUUGGUGCUCAAGUGAACAUCGUAGGAGAAGGAAUUGUUGAUUGCGCCACUGUCCCCAAUUUGCCUCCAUUGACUUUCACCAUCGGAGGAAUUCCUUUCGUCUUGGAAGGCGUUGAUUACAUCAUUCCAAUCAUCGACCCCGACACUAACGAAACCUUCUGCCUGUCCGGAUUCAUCGGAUUGGAUAUCCCUCCACCAACUGGACCUCUAUGGAUUUUGGGCGAUGUUUUUAUUGGAAAGUUUUAUUCAAUUUAUGAUUUUGGUGAGAACCGUGUCGGUCUCGCUACCUCCGUCAUCGCCUAACCAGUUGAAAUUGUAUUUGAAAUACCUGUUGACCUUAUAUUCCAGUGCAAUGGAACAAUAAACUACAAACACCCAA